GUUUACCGACAUUUCCAGAACAUCUGUGAAUCAGUCGCGUGUGGUUUGUGCGUUAGUGCUUUUGUGAUCGAAUUUAUCGUGCUAGUGAGUAACAAAAAUGUCUGAUGACGAAGGAAAAUUCGAUACCAUUCUGUUCGCGAUGGCAGAACAGCAUCCCGGUGGUGUGCCAGAGAUGCUUGCAACAAUCGCCGGAUUUCUAAACAGAAAGACUGAUUUCUUCGUCGGUGGCGAAGAUUGCGAUUGGGAAAAACUGGUGUUGAAAAUAUUCCGCAAUGAGGCGAAUAAAGCGCAGGAGGUUGCGCGAAAGAAGCGCCAGCAGCGUGAGGAGGAAGAAAGGCGUCGUCAGGAGGUGCUGCGCAAGAAGCGCGAAGAGGAAGAACAGAGUAAAACGGCCACGAUAACCGAGCUUACGGAUGAGGAGGCCGAGCAGCUCCAGAAAGAGCUCGACGCGAAAAAGAAAAAAGUGAGUGAACCGGAACCCGAACCUUCCAGUAGCGGUAAGGACAGUGAAGAUAAGAAAGCAGAAAGUGACUCAGAAGAUAUAGAACCAGGCGAUGAAGGUAAGUUAAAACCGAACCGGGGCAACGGCUGCGAUCUAGACAACUAUAAAUGGACACAGACGCUGCAAGAAAUCGAGUUGCGUGUUCCGUUCGAUGUAAAGUUCACACUGAAAGCAAAAGAUGUCGUGGUUAAUAUUCAAAGGAAGACCCUUAAGGUCGGUCUCAAAGGUCACCCGCCAGUGAUUGACGGUGAGCUGCAUAGUGAGAUCAAAAUAGAGGAUUCCCUCUGGCAUCUGGACAAAAAUACGGUGGUGGUAACUUUCGAGAAGAUCAAUCAGAUGUCCUGGUGGGAGCGACUGGUAACGACAGAUCCGGUCAUAAAUACGCGCAAAAUUAAUCCCGAAUCGUCAAAGUUGUCCGAUCUGGACGGAUCGACGCGCAGCAUGGUCGAAAAGAUGAUGUACGACCAGCGCCAGAAGGAGAUGGGCCUGCCGACGAGCGACGAGCAAAAGAAGCAGGAGGUGUUGAAAAAGUUUAUGGAACAACAUCCUGAGAUGGACUUUUCCAAAUGUAAAUUUAACUAAAACCUGCACGUUUCCUGUGGAUCUGUGAAAAAAUAUGCCCCGAGUCUUAUAAGAAUUAUACGGCAUUGAACGGUAGUGAGCUGGCUUACGUUCCAUUUUUGUUUUGGACCAUUUUGUCAGUCGGUUCCGGAAAGGGGGUAGAAUUGCGCACGUAAACUUUUGUGGUUGUAAAGGCUUACCAUUCAUGAGCGCUUUUAGUCGCCCAUUCGGCACCCGUUCACGUAUUAUAAUAUUUGACUUAAAAUAUGAUAUAAGCAAUAGAACUUCGUCUUGUUAAACAAUUUUCAUCAGUAA